CCUAUCAUCAAAAGCACUGUUCCGGUUUAGGAGAAGCAACUCAAGAAGUCAAAUUACCUACCAAGGAUAUAAAGAUAAAGUUUAAAUGCUUAGAAAAUAAAGCAUCAUGGCUUAAUAAUAAGCUAAAAAAUACCUCAAUAAAUUCAGAAGAUUAUAAGACCUUAACAAAACAAAUUGAUAAGAUAACUAAAGAUAUUAAUCAAGAAAAGUUUAUAGAUAUAAAGAAAACUCCUAUUCCAGUUGUCUUUCAUAAUUUUUGGGGCUAUGACUCUCACUUGGUUUGCGAAUCUAUUGGAAAAUCAGUUAAUGCAAAUCAAAUCAAGUUUAUGAAUAGUAGCUUAGCUAGUCUUACAAAAAAUUUAGGUGAUAAUCAUCCAAUAACAUCUAAGCACUUCAAAAAACUAGGCUAUACAAAAGAUCAAUUAGAUUUAGUAUAUCGAAAAGGAGUUUAUCCCUAUGAUUAUAUAGAUUCACAGGAUAGGUUUUUAGAGACUGAGCUUCCACCAAUUCAUGAAUUUAGUACAUAUCUUCAUGGUAAAAUUAGCCAAAAAGAUUAUGAGCAUGCCCAAAAAGUAUGGAAGGAAUUUAACUGCAAGACUUUAGGUGAAUACCAUGAUAUAUAUCUUAAAACUGAUGUGCUUAGUCUUGCUGAUGUCUGGACACAGUUGCGAAAAAUGUCUAUGGAAUAUGAUGGACUCGAUCCUAGCCAUUAUGUUUCACUUCCAGCAUAUUCUUGGAAUGCUAUGCUUAAGAUAACAGAAGUUAAAAUUGAGCUCUUUACUGAUAUGGCUAUGCAUGAUUUUAUAGAAAAGGCUAAGCGUAGAGGUAUAGCUAUGGCAUGUAAACGAUAUUUCAAAGCUAAGAAUCCUAAGAUAGGUAAAGCAUUUAACCCAUCUAAACCAACAACAUGGAUUCUAUAUGAGUUAAGUUGUAAAUAUCUUGAAGAUAAUCCAAGUGAGCAAAAGAAAUAUCUUGAAAAGAUUCUUAAUACUAAAGCAGAUGCAAAAAGAGGAUAUUUUCUAAAUAUUAAGAUGCACUUCUUUCUAAAAACUCAUGACUAUUUGAAUGAUUUACCUCCAGCUGUAGAAAACAUGGCUGUAAAUAAAAAUAUGUUGUGUCCCUAUACUACAGAGCUUGUAGAUAACUUGGAUAGUAGACGUUUCUCAGCUACAGAAAAAUUAGUACCCCAUCUUGGUCUACGAAAAGAUUAUGUUAUUCACUACCAAGAGCUUCAAUACUAUGUAAAAUUAGGUAUGAUAGUAGAUGAAGUUACAGAGAUCUUAUCAUUCGAUCAGGAUAAUUGGCUUGUCCCCUAUAUAGCUUUUAAUACAGAAAAACGUAAUGAGGCCAAAAAAGCUGAAAAUACAUUUCUAAGUGACUUUUUCAAACUCAAAAAUAAUGCUGUAUAUGGUAAAACUAUGGAGAAUGUUCAUAAGUAUCAAGAUGUCAAGCUCAUGGCUAUAAAUAAUGAGCAAGAUAAAAAAAAAUUCAUUAACCAGAUUCAUAAACCCUUAUUUAAGUAUGCUAGACAACUUGGUUCUUCACUUAUAGGAGCAUAUAUAGGAAAAGCUAGUAUAACUCUUAAUAAAUCUAUUAUUGUUGGAGCAUCAGUCUUGUGUCUUAGCAAACUUCACAUGUACCGCUUUUGGUAUGGAUAUAUAAAAGAAAGAUAUGGUAAUAAUGCUCAGCUUGGAUAUAAGGAUACAGACUCAUAUUUAUUUCAAGUUGAGACUGAAGAUAUCUAUAAAGACAUGGAAGAUGCUACAACUAUUGGCAAAUUUAAGAAUGAAACUCCAGAUAGUGUAAUUACAGAAUCUUAUCAUAUCCAGGCUAAAUCAUAUCACCAUGCUUUAGCAGAUAAGUCUACAAAGUCUAAGCAUAAGGGGGUUAGUAAAAAAGGCAUAAAUGAAAUGGCCAUGAAUUUAUACAUGACAGCUUUAGAAGGGUCCUUGCUAGAUAAUCCGAUAGAUAAAUCAUUAUUAUCAGAGCAAGAAGCUAUGCGAACUGAGGCAGAUCCUAUGACUCUAGUAUAUCGAGACUGUCUUUUUGGUAAUAAAGUAUUCUAUGCUAAGAAUAUAGCAUAUAAAAAUUUUGUAUCAAAUAGAAUAUCUCCAGAGUUGGCUGAACAAAGAGCUUUAAGCAUUAAGCUCUCAAAGAAGUAUCAAAAUGAAAGUGCUGAAUGGAAUCAGCUUACAAUUCGAAAAAAAAAUCCAUUAUCAGAAAGAGAAGCCAAAGCAGAAACAAAGUCUCAAAGCUCAGCUUUCUCAGUACUCUAUACCAAUAUUGCUCCAUUAUACUCUGAAGAAGAGGUUAAUGCUAGAAUCAAAGAAGCUACAGAUAAUUUAUGUCAAGAAUUUAUUAAAUCUACUGAGGAAACCUUAAAAACUAUUAAGCAACAGAAAGAUAUAGAAUGCAAUCAAAUUAAGAUAGAUAUGGCUAAUUGGAAAGAAAAAGAUAGUAAAUCAUAUUCUAACAACGGAGUUGGUGCAUAA